CAUUAUUUCCGUCUCUUUUCAAUGCAAACUCCUGUAUUAUACAAUAUACUUUACAUAAUAUAUGAUGGGCCUCUUAUUUAUAUUCAUUUAUCUUUUUGUUCUCAUAAUGACACCCGAGUAUCACCUGCCCCCAGCCGGCGUUCUUACUACAUUUGAAGGAAAUCAUCAUUGUCAUUAAAGAAAGAAGAGCGCGCGCACGAACCGCCCGUGAGAUUGCGUUCCACUCGGACUGUGCCAGGAGUGCAGCCUUCCCCGUUUCUGCCAGCCCAGUCCUCACGUUGGAACGCCGCGAAGACGUAUAGUGCAAGCAUACUGGUGACUCCCAGGCGAUGGUCGUUUGCCAGAGACGGAAAGAUCAGCAGCAGCUUCACAAGCAGCCUGACCGUGCGGAGAAGGGCGCCUCGUCUGCAUUCAUCCACGAAAGUGGAGGCACAGGCGCUAUGAAGCGUUCCGGCGUCAGCAACGGCUGCGUCAAUGCAAUUCCCACGGCGGCUCCUGGUGGAGCGGCGCCUUGCUCAGACGCGACGCUGCGUUCGGUCUGUUUUUAUGGGCUAACGUACGCAUUCGCCCCGGGGCGCUUCUUCGUCGACAAACCCACCUACUUGACGGAGAGCCACCGCAAGACCAAGCUCGAGUUGCAAGCUGCCUCCACCUUCUACGAUCACGACAUCGAUGUUAUCCAGAAGAUCAAACACGCUCGAUUAGCGCAGUACCUGAAGCCAAGCGGUAUCUACGUGAACUUCCAAGAGACAAAGACUAGCGCCACGUGUGAAGCGAACGCCGGCGUCGGCAACGACGACGACGACGAUGACGAUGAUGCGGCUACAAGAGCGCUGCGGCAACGCCCAGCUGGACCCGACCGCCAUCGAGCAUGAUCCGUAGGAGGGACUCGAAGACGUCGACAACGGACCCGUAGUAACGGCAUACGGGACGGUGUCCGUUCACAGGAGCUCUCCCACGGGCGUUCUCAUUUCGUUAGACCAGGCUGUGCGGGUGGCGGCCACCGUGCGCUAAAAUGCUGCUUCGAGAACUCCAGGCGACCGCAGCUGCUUCGGCCAACCGUGCAGUUGCGCACUGUACAAAGGCGCAAAACUUGGACAUGGCCACGGGAAGCCGCCCAGACAAUAUAUCCAGGGUCGGAGUCGUAUGCACAGCUUCUAAGGACAGACGUGAUUAUGCGGGGAAUGCUUUUCCAAUAAUGCCAACAAAGCUGUAGAGGUUAGGUUACCUUUGCUUUAGUAGACUGCAUAAAGGAAACGGGUUUACUAUGUUAUCUUUAAAAUAAAUUUGACAUUUCGUUUGCGAAUGGCGGUGUCGUCUAUGAUAGCAUGUUUGGGCACGAAAUUCUGCGAUCACCAUCCAGUUAACUGACGCGCAAUACAAGUGAGUGGCGAAUAGUAUACAUACAUACAUACAUACAUACAUACAUACAUACAUACAUACAUACAUACAUACAUACAUACAUACAUACAUACAUUCAUACAUACAUUCAUACAUACAUACAUACAUACAUACAUACAUACAUACAUACAUACAUACAUACAUACAUACAUACAUACAUACAUACAUACAUACAUACAUACAUACAUACAUACACACAUACACACACACACACACAUACAUACAUACAUACAUACAUACAUACAUACAUACAUACAUACAUACAUACAUACAUACAUACAUACAUACAUACAUACAUACAUACAUACAUACAUACAUACAUACAUACAUAGCGGAGUCAGGCGUGUUAUUGAUAGAAUAAAAUUAAGACAGCGGGCUCUUGCG